AUGAAUAACAAUGAAGGUGUACAAAGCUUUAAUGCAAUACCAUUGAGUAAAGUGAAACGGUUAAAGUUAUGGCUGAAACGAUUUGAAAUAAUUCAGUUAUGUACUCCUGUAAUACACUAUGAAUUAUUCACACCUUCAUUUUGUGAAGAUUUCAAUAAUAACACUAUUCAAAAUGCAACCAAUGGUGUAAAAUCAGUUAACAAUAAUUUCAAUCUAUGCGAUAUUCUCCGCCAUAAUGGAAUGAUAACAAUAAAACAAGCUAAUUAUUUUACGAAGAAUACUGAGCAGAAAUUCUCUUUGAAAAUGAAAAGUGUUCAUGGAUAUGCUUGUAUGCUACAACUGGAAUGUCAACGGUAUAACUGUAAAUUCUUCCUAAAAUUUGCAAGUUAUUAUAGAGUUACAGUUAAUUUCAAUCUAACAUCCAACAUUGAACACGUUGAAAAUUCAAAAGACGCUCCAUUAAUAAUAACCUUUAAUCAAAACAAACCAACUAGAAAUGGAUCUUGGAUUCAAACAAUUAAAUUCUUUAGUGGUGAUAAUAAGUAUUUAUCAAAAGUUGUACUUUAUGUGAAUGAAACAUUUCAUUUCAAUAAAUGUCCAUGUGAAAAUGUCAGGAUUGUUCAACAUAAAUACAUUGAAAGAGUUAUGAUAUUUACCAGUCAGCAAAUAUUACUGUAUCCCAUGUAUUUUAAACAAAUAAAUAAUCGACAAUGUAACCGCCAUUUUCAUCAUCAAUCAAUUCAAACAAGUAAAACAAACUUCGUUCAAGGCAUCAAUGUUGAUGCAUUGAAAUGGAAUAAAGAAAAAUUAUUUUGGACAGUCAAUUUGAAACUGUGCCUUAGUAAAUGUAUUGCUGAGGAGUUCAUGAAGAAGCCAACAUGUUGGACAGAAAUCAAUUUGAAAUCUGCGAAUGAAUUAUUUAUGAAGCAAUUCUGUAAUCACUCAGGUUUGAAAGACCAAUGUUCAUUCAAUAAUUCAAUAGAAUAUCAUGAUUUAUCUAUUCAGUGUUCUUACAAUGGUACUAAGAAACAAUUUUAUGACCGCCAAUUAAAUUGUCAAUGGAUUAAACAGAAAUACAGACCACCAGUUAUUUUACGUCAUAUUACUGAAUCACAAAUGAUGAUAAGGAAAACAAUCAAAGUUGGGAAUCAUUUUAUGUCGAAAGCAAAUUGGAAGCGAAUUUGCCCAUUGGGAUAUUAUCGUGAAAUGUAUAUCAAUACAACUGAGUGUAUGCCUUGUCCACCGGAUCAUUUCGCUGAUGAGUCAACUUCUGCCUACAAAUGUAAUGCAUGUCCUAUGCGUCAAUCAACUACAAAUGGUAUUUCAGGAGCAAUAUCUAUACACUGUUUAGCAAAUCAGAAUCAAAAAAUCAAUAGACGCUUUUUACGGAAACGUGACAUCCUACUUAGAGUAAUAAAACGAAGCAUUCAACCAGUUUCUGGUACUACUGAAGAAGAAGAUAUUAAAGAACAUUUAAUGAAAUGGUUACAACCUGAUGAAGAGAGACUGAAAUUACAAGAUGAUGCGAUCAGUAUAUUCAAGGAGCUGAACUGUCUAGGAUUCUCAUCACAUGAAUUAUUCUUAAUGAUAAUAAUAUCGAUUGGAAUUGCAUGGUUUGGUAUAUGCUUAACAUUCAUUUUAUUCCUCAGCGUACAAGAACCAUUUGGUUAUCAGGUGGAUGAAAGGAAAUAUGCUAAGCGUAAAAGCAAGUUGACGAAAAUCUCUGACUCAAUUGUAAAUUUGAUGCUAUUUUUCCUAGAAUCAGUACUAUGUUUCCCAUUCCAUUUAUGCUACGGGAUAAAACGUCGUACAAGUAAUGUAGCAUUUAAAUUUAAGAAAAAUGACUUUCUCUUACGCCUGUCAACUGUUAAACGUGAAACUAUGAAUAUCUUUCGUCAAGAAUUAAUCUACCAUGAAUUAUUUGAAAUGAAACAAACAACAAUGUUACAAGAUAUUCUAACCGAUUUGACAACUGAUCGAAUAAUUGAAGCAAAUCAAGUAGAACAAAUGGAAAAGUCUUUAAGUCAAUGGACAAGUGGUUCAAUAACAACAACAACAGAUUUGAAUGAUCCCGAUGAUCGUUGUGAAAAUUCCAUUAUUACUAAACGAGUUCAACGGAACUGUGAUGUAAUGAAACCAUAUUUUCGUAUACCAAGACGUUAUAAUCCAGCGUAUUUUUUAUUUCAUACAAAAUUUUGGCGCCAAUUCAGUAGACCACGUUCAAGAUUCAAUGCACCAUUUUAUCCGUUGCAAAUUAAGCGGGAAGAUUUAAGAUUUAAUUUUAAUGUUUAAUUUCCAC